GAGGAUGGAGCCCACCACAGAGCAGCAGCUCAGCCUGCUCAACUCCAUCACUGCCAGCGACCUCACAGCCCUGAGUAACAGCGUGGCCACAGUGUGCAGCCCAGCGGAGGUGAGCUGCCUGGACUCGUACGGUUUCCCCCCUCUGGAGAGCCUCCACCGGGGGUCCCUGGCACAGGAAGAGCCCCUGGGCUUCCCCUCCAACGGAGGAGAUCCCGACUGUCUCAACAUGCUGGACGCUGGCUUCUACCACUCAGACCUGGGCCAGCGGGGAGGGGUGUACGGGGGCAAGGACUGCGAGCGGCCUUCUAAGAGGCUCAAGUUGGCGCUGCCCGACUCUUUCAUCAACGACGUUUCCGUGGGUAACCUCGGAGUGGACUUUGAGGGGCGGCGGAACACGGCACACCACCGCAUCACCGGCACCAAGAUGGCGGUGUCCGUCACGGACUUUGGGGGCUUGGCGGGCAGUGGGGAGCCCAAUGGGUUUAUGGGAGCACAUGCACGACGUCACAGCACGGCGCUGCAGUCAGAGUGACCACCCCCGCCCCCAGAAUCCCACUUUUAAAUCCACCAUCCCAUGUGUACAUAAGACUCACUCACUGGAGAUUUUUGUUUGAUAAUUAUAUAUACACAUUUAUUUCGUUUUUGAUUUUAUUUGUGAA